AUGAAGUUCUACUCUGCUGCCGUUGCCCUCUUCGCCGCUGGCGCUAUUGCAUUGCCUACCACCGAGAUAGAGAAGCGUGCCUCUGUCAACUCCGGUGCCCUCGACCUCAUUGGAGAAUUGGAGGGAUUCCGCAGCAACUUCUACACUGACACUGUCGGCCACCAGGCUAUCGGUUACGGCCACGAUUGCCCCGCUAACGGCGAUUGUGGCAGCAUCAAUGCACCCAUCACGAAGACCGAAGGCAAGAAGCUACUUGCCAAGGACAUUGAUACCUAUGAGAGCUGUGUGUGCAAGCUGGAUAAUGCCAAGGACCUCAAUGCGAACCAGUAUGGUGCGCUGGUUAGCUUUGCCUUCAACUCGGGCUGUGGUGGCGUGCAGACUUACUGGCACACUGCGAUGUCUGAGAAGAACUUCAAGGGCAUCUGCGAAGCUCUUCCUAACACAAAUACCCUCAACGGCAUGCUGAACAACCGCCGCAAGGCGGAGGGUGACUUCUGCUCCAAGGCUACCGACCAGAAGUCCGGUUGCUGA